AUGUCUGUCCUCAUCCUCCCGCCAGAGCUUAUCCUCGAAGUGCUCAAACUGCUCGAUUAUCGAGGACUGGUAUUAUGUACUGGGGUGUGUAGACUAUUUCGAGUGGCGAUCAAAGACUCCGCCGAGCUACGGUACAAGAUCGAGCUCGCUGCUGAUGGGAUGGCUGACGGCCCGCCGGGUAUGCUGAGCAUCGCCGAGCGCCUGAAGUUACUGCUCGAUCGCCGUCGACGGUGGCGUAUGCUCGACUGGACGACGGCGGUCCCAGUGCCCAUCCCGGGCGCAUGUCAGGCGUACGAGCUGGUCAGUGGUGUGUUCGCCAAGUCCAUGGGAGCGGCACAGUUUGUCGGCUCGCGUCACCUUAUCACUGUGAAGUUGCCGACGCGCACACAAGGGCCGACGAGACUUGUCAGGGAGGACUUAGGUGUAGCCACACGAGACUUUGCGAUAGACCCAUCGCAGGAUAUCAUGGCUCUCGUGGAUUCCGACGAAGGUUAUGAGCAAGGGUUGGAACUCAAAGUCCAUAUUCGAACAAUAAGUACGAAUGAGAAGCACCCAGAGGCCAAAGGUCUCGAAUUGCGCGCCCCUCUUCCGAUUGAGUUGGGUUCCGCAUUUACCCAAAUCGUCGAUGAUGUCGUCGGGACCUUUUACUGGAUGCACGGACCAUGGCUAACUAUCUGGAACUGGAAGACUGGCGAAGUCCUCGUGUGCUGCGAUAUGGAUGACUUGCCUCCCGGAACAUGGGAUUUCUCCUUCCUCUCAAACCGGGCGUUCAUGUUGACCACAACUCGGGACAUGGGAACGAUUGAGCUAUACGCUUUUGGUGGUGACACAGCCACCCGUGCUCCGGCUCAUGUCGCAACACUGCAGCUCCCUCCUGUGAGACUCGGGCGUGAGUUGCAACAGUUUUCCACUCACUCUGGCCCUUUCGUGCACGCAACCACCCCCAACAAACCAUUCGCAGUCUCACGAGACUCCCGGAUACACUUCAUGACAUUGCUGUAUGGUUUUCGAGCCCCGCGGUUUCACCUGUUUGUACACAAUCGUUUCUUGCUCUCCUUUAUUCCGACGGACUGUCGCUCUGGAAGCUCGUGGAACUAUGAGAUCCGGCCGUGGUACACCUGGGGUCCGGACCAUACAAGACUAUUAUUGGAGGAUAAUAUCUCGUUCCAGUGGCUCCGGUAUGUGCAUGGCCAGCGAGUUGUGCUGCCACAUCUACACACCGAUGUAGGCAAGGCGGAACGCACCUUGCGCGUUCUGGACUUCAAUGUGCACCCAAAGCGUAUCGACGAUUUCACAAACGAUCCUACUUUUCAGGAGAGAGCCGAAGAACUCGGGGCCAAAUACCAUAUGAGGGCGGAACCAUCCACCGUGCCCGCAGGUGCUGUAUUCAAGCAUGAUAUUGUAACCUCUCUGCCCUACUGGGAAUCUCAGAGGAUGGGUGCUUUCGAUUACUCCGGUUUUAUGAUUGACGACGAAAGGAUAAUUGGAAUGAAGUCAAGAGCACAUGCGAGCGGAGACAUGACCGAUGUCGAUGUGUACACGUUUUGA